AUGUCGAGGGAAAGUCAGCAUCAACAGGGAUGUGCUGAUCACCGUCGAUCUUGUUUAGCUGCAUGGUCAUUGAAAACAAGGGCUCUAACAGAGCAGGUAUAUGUAGAUGAAGUAGAGGUUGAUGAAGAAGGAAUUGCAGAAAUGUUAAUGGAUGACAACACCAUAGCACAAAUUGCACGACCAGGCACAUCGCUCAAGUUACCAGGCACAGGACAGGGAGCACCAAGUGCAGGUGUUAGGCCAACAACACAGGGUGGACGACCUCUUAGUGGUUUCGCUAGACCAGGCACUCAAGGCCGACCUGGUACCAUGGAACAAGCACUGAGAACACCUCGAACUGCACAUACUGCUAGACCAGUGACCAGUGCAUCAGGUCGAUUUGUUAGACUUGGAACGGCAUCAAUGUUAUCCAAUCCAGAUGGGCCUUUUAUCAAUUUACCAAGGCUGAAUUUUACAAAAUAUGCUCAGAGGCAAACUCUAGCCAAGGCUCUGUUUGAGUACAUAUUUCAUCAUGAAAAUGAUGUGAGAAACGCCCUGGAAUUGGCUUCAUUGGCUACUGAAGCCUGUCAGUUUAAAGACUGGUGGUGGAAAGUCCAGCUAGGAAAAUGUUAUUACAGAUUGGGUUUAUAUAGAGAAGCAGAGCAGCAAUUCAAAUCGGCAUUAAAACAUCAGGAUAUGGUUGACAUAUAUUUGUACUUAUGUAAAGUUUACACCAGGAUAGAUCAACCACUUACUGCAGUGGAGAUUUAUAAACAAGCACUAGAGAAGUUCCCAGGUGAAACAGCAGUGCUAACUGGUAUUGCAAGAAUAUAUGAGGGACUUAAUGACUUGCCGAAUGCUACCAAGUUCUACAAGGAGGUUUUACACUAUGAUAAUACCCAUGUUGAAGCUAUAGCUUGUAUUGCAACUAAUUAUUUUUAUUCAGACCAGCCAGAAAUAGCACUUAAAUUUUAUAGGAGACUACUACAGAUGGGAGUGUACAACACAGAGCUAUUCAACAAUCUUGGUUUAUGUUGUUUCUAUGCUCAACAAUAUGAUAUGACACUGAAUUGUUUUGAACGUUCAUUAAAUCUAUCGACUGAUGAUUCCGCUUCUAGUGACUGCUGGUACAAUAUAGGGCAUGUGGCCUUGGGAAUUGGCGAUAUGAAUUUAGCAUACCAAAGUUUUCGACUGGCCAUUACUUUCAACAAUGAUCAUGCUGAAGCCUAUAAUAAUCUUGGAGUAUUGGAGUUGCGGAAAGGACAUAUGGAACAGGCCCGUGCAUUCUUUCAGUCUGCUCAGAUGUUAGCACCACAUACAUAUGAACCAUUUUAUAACUUUGCUGCAUUGUCUGAUCAGGUUGGAGAUCUGCAGAGCAGUUUCAACAAUGCAAAAAAGUCAGUAACAAAUUACGCUGAACACUGUGAUUCUCAAGAACUAUUUAAACAGCUCAGAAAACACUUUUCUAUAUUGUAAAUUUAAAAUGUUUCGUUGAUCAUUGUACUUAAGUGAUGUAUAUAUAUAUAUAUAUA